UUUAUUUAUAUGUUGCUAGUUUGUUUGUUUGUUUGUUCUUGUGUCUAUUUGUAUACACAUGUCUGUUUACUUGUAUCUACGCCUGUGAUAGUUCGUCUAUAUAGUGUUUGUGUGUAUAUAAUAUAUUAUAUUAAUAUGUAUAAUACGUUUAGUUUUCUAUAAUAUUUUUAAUAUUUUAAAUAUAGCUAGAUUAGAUUCUAAAUCAUAUUAUUUACUAAUUAUCUGAUUAUUUAUUUUUUAUAGUGUCCACAAUUAGCUUUUUUAGCUAAACACUUUUGACACUUAAAUAAAGUUUAUGUAUGUAUGUAUGUAAACAACCUGUACAAAGAAAUCGAGAGCCUUUACAUCGAAGAGAUCAAAAGUAGCAACAAGAUAAAGUGUGUGGAACAGUGCCUGAGUUUGAAUGGGAAGAACGUGACUUUCAAAUUAGACAGCGGCGCAGAAUGUAACGUGAUCCCGGAAGCGGUUGCGAAAGAACUUGACUGCACGAUCGAACAAACAGCACUCAAACUACGAGCUUUCGGAGGAAACCCCCUAAAAACUGUAGGCAAAUGCUAUAUAGACACACUUGUCCAAGGGCAAGAGAGCCCAAUCGCAGUUGAGUAUUAUAUAGUAGAGCACAAUGUUAGACCCAUUUUAGGCGUAGAAACGUGUCUGAAGUUAGGUUUAAUCACAUUUAGUGGUGGUGCGCGAGCGCAAGGUCUUAGCAUAGAUGCGCUAGAGCAGCCACGCAACCUCCUGGAUCAGUUUGAGGAUGUUUUCACAGGUCUGGGAUGUGUUGAGGGUGAGUAUGAUAUCUGCCUCAAAGAGGGCGCAAGACCUACAAUUCAGCACCAACGAAAUGUUCCACUGCGUUUGAUAGAGCAGUUAAAAACCACCAUCAAUGACCUUGAGCAACGGGAGGUAAUCAAAAAGGUCAACGAGCCAGUUGAAUGGGAAAAACGACAGCCGAGCAUGACAGAGCCCUACACAAGGUGCUUGAGAGAGCCAGGGAACGCAACAUCAGAUUCAACAAAUCCAAGAUACAGUACCGGCUAGACAAGGUUGACGCCUCAAAGAGUGGACUUGGAGCCUGUUUGCUCCAGAAUGGUCAACCUGUAGCAUAUGCCUCCAGGGCCCUGACUAGUGCAGAGCAAAACUAUGCACAAAUAGAGAAGGAGUUGCUGGCAAUUGUAUUUGGAUGCGAGAGAUUCAAUAUGUAUACCUAUGGGGCAGAUAUUGAUGUUAUGACUGACCAUAAACCUUUAGAGUCCAUCUUUAGGAAACCGCUGCACAAAGUGCCUCCCCGUCUACAGCGAAUGAGGCUGAGACUCCAAAAAUACCACACUUCUGUCCGUUACGUGCCAGGCAAGUACCUAUACAUAGCCGACACCUUAUCCAGAGCAUAUGACACAGAAGCCCAAACCCAGACUAAUGACAUGCAUGACGAAAUGGAGCACAUGGUCCAUUGUAUUAUGACAGACCUGCCUGUCUCAGACACGAAGCUCUCACAGCUCCAAGAAAUAACAGGCAAGGACCAAGACAUGUUACUUCUUGGUAAGUAUAUAAGGGAAGGGUGGCCGCAAAACAGACAAAGUGUUCCAGUGCAACUUAGACCCUACUGGAAUGUGCAUCAUGACCUACACCUGUUAGAUGGGCUUGUCAUGAAGGACCAGCGAAUAGUUAUUCCAGUCACAUGGAGACCGCAAAUUCUCCAACAAAUACACAAGGGCCAUUUUGGUAUAGAGAAAAGUAAGGCUAGAGCACGGGCCGCGGUAUACUGGCCGGGUCUUAGUGCCGACAUCUCCGAAAUGAUAACAAAAUGUGACAAGUGUUUAAGUUUACAGAGAAAACAGCAGAAAGAGCCAAUGCAGCUCAGGGAGGUACCACUGUUGCCAUGGCAACACAUUGCAUCAGACAUUGGUGAGUAUCAAGGGAAGCUCUACCUAGUGGUCAUUGACUACUAUUCCAAGUAUAUAGAAGCAGUGAACAUGAGUGGGAAAAAAGCUGGACAUGUUAUCAAGGCGCUGACCGAAAUUUUUUCUAGACAUGGAUACCCUGAAACGCUCACAGCUGAUAACAACCCUUUUAAUGCAGAAGAAAUGCACGAAUACGCCAGUCGAUGUGGAUUUAGAGUUAUUCCUACUAAUCCUUUAUACAGCCAGUCCAAUGGCCUGGCAGAGAAAGCAGUAGGGAUUGUAAAGGGAAUCCUAGGUAAGGGAUGCAAUCUACAUGAAGGUCUAAUGGUCUAUCGCAACACUCAGGUAAGUAAUUUUCCAUACUCUCCUAACCAGAUGCUUUUCAGUCGUCAGGUACGUACAACCCUCCCCAUGCACCCUAGAGCACUUCUCCCCACUGUGCAUGAUGACAUCCGCAUACAGCUACAGGAUCGGCAAUUGAAAACAAAAGAGUACUAUGAUAAGGGAUCAAAGCCCAUACCCCCAUCGAAGGAGGGGGAUAUGAUAAGGUUUCAGAAACCUGGGGAGAAGAAUUACAGUCCUGGUUGUGUCAGUGGAGUUCACAACACUCCCAGGUCCUAUGUGAUAACAGAUCAAACUGGGAGGGAGUAUCGCAGAAAUAGGCGCGCACUUAAUGCAUCUAGGGAACCACCACUGUAUGUCAGUAAGGAUGAUAUGCUAGAUAGCACCUUCGAAAGUGAAAAUGUAGUAAUCACUCCAGAAGAGCCACGUAGAUCUAGCCGUGCCAAAUCUGCACCAGUCUGGCACAAGGACUAUAUCAUGGACUCAUAGCACAUCAUAUCUUAUCCUUAUUAUGCUAUUGAUUAAUUAUGAUUAUUCAUAGAUUAUUAAUUAUUGUAUAGCUUAACUUGAGAGGGGGAUGUUAUGAGUAGUCCUUAUAUGGUAGUCACGCCAUCACGUGACUAACAAGCAACCCUGUAAGCCUGCGAUGUGAUUUGAAUAAAUUAGUCUGAAUGUGA